UUCGAGAGGCUGAAACCGUUGAACGUGUUUAGGUGGCCAUUUUGGAGUUUACAUAGAAACGGAAGAUAUACAACAUACUUAAAAAUGGCUAUGCAAAGAAAGACAAGUGUUCGGCUCCCUCCCGAAGUCAACAGGAUUUUGUACGUCCGAAACCUACCGUACAAGAUUUCAGGAGAGGAAAUGUACGAUAUCUUCGGCAAAUACGGUGCCAUACGUCAAAUAAGAGUAGGAAACACGCCAGAAACGCGAGGGACAGCAUUUGUUGUCUACGAGGACAUCUUUGACGCGAAGAAUGCUUGCGAUCACCUUUCUGGGUUCAAUGUAUGCAACCGUUAUCUGGUUGUAUUGUAUUACCAACCCACUAAGGCCUUUAAGAAGGUCGAUAACGACAAAAAGAAAGAAGAGAUUGAUAGAGUCAAGAAGAAGUAUGGCGUUUCAAGCGACUGACCACAUCAUUGUUCUGUACUUUCACUUGUAUAUAAACUCUGAAACAUGA